CGCCCCCUCACGUACUGCUUCCUCUUUCCGCCAGAACGCUGAUGUGUUACUAACUUUUCACUAACUUCACUCUCCAACGCGGCCAAAAUGUGGCAUUUCGGUUCCAAAGUGGCGCUGCUUCUCCUCUUGGCUUUCCCAUGCGGGCUGCUAUCCAUCAGUCCAGUGUCGGCGGACUCGGACUCUGCCGAGGAUAUUGACCCAGAUGCCUCCGUAGAUGAGGAGGAGGAGGAAGACGAAGAGGAGAUACUGGUGGAAGAAGACCAGGUCCAAAGCACGGAAGGAGACGCUGAAGAUGACGCUGAAGCCGAUGAUAAAACCUUGACGUCUCACCCUGAUGCGGACACCACCAUCGUCUUCACCACGGGAGAAGAGUUCUUUGCCAAUGAGAUUGUGAAAUUCCUGGUGGGGUUCACCAACAAGGGCAGUCAGGAGUUCAACGUUCAGUCCUUGGAGGCCUCCUUCCGUUACCCCCAGGACUUCCAGUUCUACAUUCAGAAUUUCACAGCGUUGCCUCUGGACACAGUGGUUCAUCCUGCUGCUCAAGCCACCUUCGAGUACUCCUUUAUCCCAGCCCAGCCCAUGGCCGGGCGUCCUUUUGGUCUGGUCAUCCUCCUCAACUACCUUGACGCGGAGGGCACCGUGUUCCAGACCGCCAUUUACAACCAGACUGUCACCAUCACUGAGAGAGAAGAAGGACUGGAUGGUGAAACAGUCUUCCUGUACAUCUUCCUUGCUGGACUGCUGGUCUUGAUGCUCUUUGGAAUGUACCAGGUGCUGGAGUCACGGACGAAAAGGAGAAUGCCAGUGAAGAUCGAGAAAGGCACGGGUGGCAUGAACGACGUGGACAUCAGCUGGAUUCCCCAGGAGACUCUCAAUGUCAUGAACAAGGCCUCCCCCAAGACCUCCCCCCGGAAACGAACCAAGCGGGCAGCCGGAGUGGACCAAUAGAAGUCAAGUCAAGAUGGCGUCCGCCAGAUUUUCAGAGACGUUGUGGAAAUAUUUGGACGCCAGUAACACAAUUGUUCAUUUUCAUUGUCUUGUUUUGUUGUCACUGCGAGUACAACCUUCGGGUGGAGAAGGAAACUCACUGGGGAGUCUUCAUCCUAUUAGAAAUGAUUUUUGUAGUAAGGAGUGGUCACCACGUGUCGCUACACAAAACACCACAAAACGCUCGCCUUAACAACACUAAAUACAUUUCCAGGACACGGCGGCAGUACGUGCCCCUUUGCAAAUACACACUUUUUGAAAAUAAAUGUGAAGAAAAAAAAAUC